AUGCUGAUUUAUGGGUACAUUUUUGCAAUUAAAGUUGCUAAUGUUGAAAGUUUUGAACUUAUUGAAUUUAAAGGUAAAUUAUAUGAGUUUCCUCAGUUUGCAUAUACGAGUACAUCACUGAGGAAUUUGGUUUUAAGCGGCUGCAAACUGAGUCCUUCUGGUAGUGUGAACUGGAGUUAUCUCCUUUCUCUUUCAAUUAGGAACCAGAAAUUGAAGGAGGGUGUAGUGGGAAAAGUAUUAUCUGGUUGCCCUAACUUGGAGUGCUUGGAACUAUAUCAUGUUUGGGGCAUUCAUCAUUUGGAAAUCUGCUCUGUGAAGCUGACAAAACUGAUCAUUGAAGAGUACAUGGAUGGGAAGCUAGAAAUAUUAGCCCCAUAUGUUCAUCAUUUGCAAAUUUUGGGGUCCUGCAAAGGGAUACGCUUACACCAGAUAAAUGUGGCUUCACUUAUCACCGCAGUUCUUGACUAUUCAAAUUUUGAUGAGAAUUUGGAGGAGGAGUUAAGCUAUUUGAAGGAAUUUCUUCACGGUGUUGCCCAUGUUGAGAAUCUUGAAUUGGGUCCCUGGUGCAUCGAGUGCCUUUCCAUAUUGGAGUUGAAAGGAUGGCAGUCUCAGCCAUCAAGCCGGAAAUUCUUAAAGCUUAAUGCAGGCAUGGAAUCAUUGUUCUUCCCUGGAAUUUGCAGCUUUCUACAGAGUUCAUCAGAUCUUGAGACAUUGGUUAUUGACUGGGUCGAUGACAGAUCAAGA